GCCUCACUCUCGUACUUCAGAAGAAGAUCGCAGAGCUUUGCAAAGCUCGAAGUUCAUACACAGGAAUCGUAAGCGCGAGACACACGCGAACGCCACGAGCGCGACGCGCGGCCACCGGACAUCCUAAAAAAAAGAAAAGAAAAAAGGCUUGCGUAUAUAUAUUGUUGUUCUUGUGAAGCAUCUCUCCGGUUAUGGACAUCGCAGCCAAGAUGGACCUAAGUAUGGAGCAAGCUCAGUUUGUGGCGCCCGCGUGCUUCUUCGCCACCGCCGCCUCUCAGAGUCUGAGCCCGAGCGAGAGCACCGGCAAGUCUGCAUCCAAGCAGGCUAAGAGACAGCGCUCGUCCUCCCCGGAGCUGCUGCGCUGCAAACGGCGCCUGAGCUUCGCGGGUUUCGGCUACAGUCUGCCGCAGCAGCAGCCGCACGCCGUGGCGCGGCGCAACGAGCGCGAGCGCAACCGGGUCAAGCUGGUCAACAACGGCUUCGCGACGCUGCGCGAGCACGUGCCCAACGGCGCGGCCAACAAGAAGAUGAGCAAGGUGGAGACGCUGCGCUCCGCGGUCGAGUACAUCCGCGCGCUGCAGCAGCUGCUCGACGAGCACGACGCCGUCAGCGCAGCCUUCCAGUCGGGCGUCCUGUCUCCAAGCGUCGCGCACUCCUACUCCAACGACAUGAACUCCAUGGCCGGCUCGCCUGUCUCCUCAUAUUCCUCCGACGAAGGAUCCUACGACCCACUGAGUCCCGAGGAGCAGGAGCUCCUAGAUUUCACCAGCUGGUUCUGAACACCAGGAAGAUCCUGAAGAUUGUCAGCACUCACUCUGGAGGUUCAAGUGCGUCCUCUGAGAACACAAGGCACUGCGUUUGCGCUCCCGUCCGGUUGGAUAGACCCGAGUUCACAAAAUAAAGAGAGACUGGCCCAAGAUGAGAGGUCGAAGCGACACGCAUCGCACCGGCCCCAAGUGUCCCAAGCCAAAGGACUUGUAGAGCAGACAAGUGCAAAAAACAAAAAAAGAAUUAAAAGCAAAUGCGCAGGGUUUGGCUAUAGCCCAAAGCGUAUUGACCCAACAGAUCCAUUUAAGAUGUACUAUUUUUCUGCAUAAGCGAUUCUAUUUGUUCUUUAAACUAUGCUAAACCCAAUCACAGAGCUGUCCUGUCCUGCACAACAAAAUCCCCCGUGUUGAUUUAACACCUUCAGCUGGACACAAAUUAGCACUGGACGAGUUCAUUCAGCACUGCAGGUGUUCAUUCAACACUGGAAGAGUUCAUUUGAACUCGGGGAUUUUGCUGUAACUCUAUGCUUCCAACCCGGCGGAAUUUAUUAUAAUGAAGUUCUAUUUGUAUAAAAAAAAAUCACGUUUUUUCUAAAUAUAUUAAACUAUUUUUGUAUGUAUGUAAGAGAUUUAUAGAUGCUGUUUUUGUACACAUUCAUUGUAAUAUGUAUAUAUUUUUGGCUUAUACAUAAACAUUAAGCCUAAACACCGUAUGUUGCUUAUUACCUCUUGCCUUUUCAGACGUGUAGUCUAAAUGCAUCUGUUUACGGUUUUAGGCUUGUUGUUGCUUUUAUUUUUGUUUGGAUUUUUUUUUAUUAUCCUGGAGUUUGACACUCCGGAGAUUUAUUUCAGCACCAACGUGUCUUAUUUAACGGGAAUUACAUGUACUAUGACUCGGAGUUCACAGUGAUCAAAGGUUAUGCAGCUAUUGUCCAAACCACGGCGGUCUAUUUUCUCUCCACACUGCCUGUUUAUCUCUGCCUUUACAAUAUUCCAAGAAAAAAAUGGGGGGAAAUGCCUUACAUCCAUAUUUUUUACACUUUAGUCUCAUAAUAAAAAAGUUUCUAAAAUA